AUGGAAAACCAACACAGCACACAGUCGGAACUACGCCAUUCCUUCGUCCCCAACUUCGCUCCGAUUUCCCGGGAAGACCGUAUGAUGUCCCCCGCCGGCAAUUCAGUUCAUCCGACUCCGGUGCACCCCCAAUAUCUGCACCAGCCGCGGCAGCAGCAGCAACAAAGCAGCUUACCAGGCACCCCACAGCACUCUUCGGCCCACCACAGUGCCUCGAGUUCUCCAUAUCAUUCCUCGUUCCCCAUGAAUAGGAUCAACACCUCCACCGAACAGCAGCAGCAGCAGCAACAGCAGCAGCAGCAUCCGAGCCCAGCUCCAUACCCGCACUCUAUGCCGCCCUCUAGAAACUCUUCACACCCCGCCUCCGGACCUUCUGGUGGUGGGUACCUGGACCCUACGACGUAUCUUAACAUGAGCGAUGUCAUGGGCAUGGGAAUGGAACCGCUACCGAUGGGUGGUACCAUGGGUGGUAAUAUGGAUAUGGACCUGAGCAUCCUCUCGGCGGAGGAGCACGGGGAUCUAAAGAUUUUAGAAGAGCGGGAGAGAAUGCGACGGAUGCAGGCCUCCCAACACGAGUACCAGAUGGGUGGACGCAGAGGGGACGAUCUAAAGGGACGAAGCGCCGGCGUGGGACGAGGGCGGAAGAGGGCUGGCAGUGAUGAUAGCGGUCAUGAUCCUACCCCGGUUGCCAGAGGUGGUCCUGGCGGAAGCAGUAAUAGGAAGCAGAGAGGUCGGCCGAGAUUGGAUACGAAGGAUGAGAAUGCUGCAGAUCGUCGGCGUACUCAGAUCAGGCUCGCUCAACGAGCUUACCGUCUUCGCAAGGAGACUACGAUAUCGUCUUUACGGAAUCGAGUCAAUGAGCUAGAGACUGCUAUUGACGGGAUGCAGACUACGUUUCUGGAGCUACACGACUCGGCCAUGAGCUGUCUGAGCAAGAACCCAGAUGUCUCCAGUGCCGGCUUUGGUAGCAACCUCAAGCAACUCACCGAGAAGUUCCUCGGACUAGCCAAGGAAGCACUCGGGAGCUCCGAGGGUGCGGAGACCGGCGACGAGGAUGCAGAAGGUGAGAGUAUAAACGAGGAUGACGGCAAUGGCAAUGCUAGGUCCAAACGACGGCGCAGUAGAGACGAUGGGAGCCCUGGGUCUGGCGGUGGGGGUGGGGGUAUGCAGGCUAGUGGUGGAAGCGGUUCUGUGCCUAGUUUUGGAGGUUACCAAGUCAGCUAUUCUAGAGAAAAUGGUAACAGCCGUGGCUCAAGAAGUUCCUACGAUAACAAUGGGAACAGCCAAAACCGUAGUGCAGGGGCAGGAGCAGAGGCAGCAGGUAGUGGAGCUAGCGGCAGAAGCAAUACUAUGACUACAAGUUCUUCCUUUUCGUUGGGUUCCUACAAUCGAGAGCAUGGGCUGUACUCACCUAGCUCUUCAGAAAGUGCAUAUAUGGGUGGUCUUUUACAAUCCUCUUCUUCCACAUCUUCUGCAAUGCUUGAUCCAGCACCAAGUACCACAUACAAACAGGACAUUCCAGCCGGGCUAGAGUCAUUCAGUUACUCUUUCCAUGAGACAAACUUCUCCCGCCGCCUGCACCGUGCUGGACUUGAAUACGCACACCUGAUGCUUACUUCUCCCAACGCUGACCAAUAUGAGGUUGCCAGACUAUUCGCUUACACCUUUUGCUAUACAUCCAGGGAGGAUGCAUUGGAAUGUAUCACAAAGCUACUACAGAUUGGCCCCAAGGACAGUCUGGACCUCAGUGAACACCCCGAGAUCCGACCGCUUCCGAGAAAGCCUCUGGAUUACACGGAAUCAAUGCAGAGUUACGAAGCGGAGCGAGCUGGCAGACAAGUACAAGAGCCCAGGAAUAGGGAAGAGUUCAAUAUGCGCGAGGAAGCAAACAAGAUGCUCAUCAAGCUCGGAAUACACCAGAAAUAUCUUAGGCCAGACGAGGUAGAACAAUACAUCACCAAUCUGGGGAUCCUAACAUCAACUACCGCGGCAGCCGAUACAUUGAACAACGCCGGCGCCGACUUGAUGGAGAUGGAGAAGCCCCCCCAGACGCCUCCCGCUCGGACGGCGAACGCGAACCAGACGCAGGGCGGUCUCACUUCCGCUACCGUGAUGUCAUUGGACUAUUUCCAGCCACAGGCGAUGAGAACCCCUGAGGACCAGGUCAACUAUCAAGUGAGACAGUUCGAGAAGAAUCAUUCUUCGCCUGCGGGUGCCAAUGAGAUUGAUAACGAAGCAUCCAUCAAGGUUCUUGAGGGUGUGAAGAAGCAGGUGGACCUAGACAUGUUUAUUAAACAAUUGAUUCCACGUGGUGUGUGCCUGGGACGGUUCCCUGGAUUCAAAAAAUCGGAUGUCGAAGCAGCAAUCUCCCUCGCUACUGUGGCACCAGUGUACUAA